AUGUCUGUACUUAUUUUGCCAAAAAUCACAAAUAAUGAUGCUAUAUAUGGAGAAAUUAUAGAAUCUACCAUUGGUUAUAAUAAAAGUGCUCGUAAAAGAAAUUUGGUUUAUGGAAUCACUACUCGGUCUCUACCUCAUCCAAAAUAUGUAAAUAUUCCAUUAACUAACAUAAUAUCGGAACCAGAUGGUCAAAAUGAUCAUAAAUAUAUCGUUUCUAAUUUAAAAGAUUAUGCAGACACUCUAAUAUGUUUGAUGGUUGCUGUUAAAUUAAACCCAGGAGAAAUUAUAAUUAUAAUCUCCCCAUCACAAGAACAUAAAUUACUUCAUCCAUUUGUUCAUUGGAGUCUGAAGUUUAAAUCUAAGCCUUUAGUUUAUUGCAUUUCAUCGGGCCAUAAAUAUCGGGAUUCUCACAUUAAAAACAAUAAUUGUUCACAAACAGAAUACAUGAAAAUUGUUGAAAAGGUUGAGGAUAUUCAACAUGAUGUUUUGAUUAGGACUUCAAAUAUUGGCGUUCCUUGUGUGAUCAUAUUGCCUCCAACCGAAUUUAAAUACCCAGUAUCUCAAAGCUCGGUGCAUAGAAUCAGUUUAUCUAUUCUAGGGGUUGCUGGAAAACUUGUUUGGUUGGAGGAAAUCGGACAAAUUGAUUCAUGUGAAUGUCAGUGUGUUUUUUCAAAAAAUCUUACCAUUUCAUUUUACAACAGUGAUGUUAUAUGGAAAAGCGGAACACAUUCUAAAAUCUGUCAAUAUGCUAUUAAAGAAUCUGUGAAUUAUCUAACCUAUGUUAGAAAUAAAAACUAA